AUGGUCAUUCCCAUUGCUGAAUUCGUUUCCACUAUCACAAUGGCCCUUGCUGCUCCUGUUCGUACCAAGCCGAAGGGUCCAGUAAAGCCCGACUCGUACAUUGUCGUGCUGAAAUCUGGUGAAGAUAUGGAACAUCAUAUCGAAGGUAUCACUCGGAUAUCCGCCCGGAGCCCUGGGUCGAAAUUUUCAAUCAAUCACCGGUAUAAAAAUAGGCCAACUAUCGUAGGGCUGAAUGGCUACUCUGCACAUGCAACUGGAGCAUCCCUUUCUCGAAUUUUCGGUUGCCCCGAAGUUGAAUAUGUCGAAGCUGACGGCAUAGUUUCCAUUUACGAUGGCCUUCAUGACGCGAAUGGGGGGCGUUCGACAGAGUUCAAUGAUGUCUCAGCCGAAAUAAGGAAUGACCCAGGUGAACCCGGAGGACCCGGCUCUGAGCGGCCAGUGGAAAUUGGGGUCAUGUCUACCGGUGUCAUUCAAUCCCACUCCGCCUUUAUGAACGAGCAGGGGACAGGGACCCGUGUGAUUGAAGGUUUUGCCGUCAAUGGCGGUAAUCCCUGGGUUGAUACCAACGGUUAUGGCACGAAGGUGGCCGGGAGGGCAGCGGGGAAAUUUUAUGGCCCGGCACCCGAGGCGACCAUUGUUCCGAUCAAGGGUUUGCACAUUAUAGUCCCUGCAGGGGACCACCACGAGGACACAUCGGGUGUCAGUCCUGCUUCCGCUUUUCGCUCUAUCGCUGUUGGCGGUAUUGAUUGUAGGAAUCAGAUUGCAGCGUUCUCCAACUAUGGAAGUGCAGUUCAGCUUUUUGCCUCAGCCAUCAAUGCUCCCGUUCCCACGAUCAACCACGCGUGGGGGUUUAUGAGUGGCACUGUGAUGUCAGCUGCAUGGGUUGCGGGUGUGGCAGGCAAUUGGUUAAGGCACCAGCAAACACUGGUGACGCCUCGUGAGCUAAGGGAAACUUUAACGCGCUACGCCACCAGAGACAUCCGGGAUCCAACUGGAAAAAUGAAGUGGAGGGUACUAGCCUGGUAG